AUGAUUAUGUACUCCGACCCGGUCUCGGAUGAACCAAGCAUCGAGUCGAAGCCCUCAGUGGUAUGGAAAAGCGGUUCUGUCUCCGUGCUGCAUCUGCUCCAGCGGUAUGACUGCUAUUGCGAGUGCAGCCAGGCAGACAACUGGCACACGAUAGAGCGCACGAAACGACCAGUGUAUCCGAGAGGAUAUCUGGUUCAUGGAACAUGCAGGUUGUUGCCGCAUGAUGAACCUUUUUUUUCGAUUACGAAUACCCAUUCCGCAAACUGGGAUCCAUGGUUCAUGGAAACGUUUUGUCAUCGAAAAGGGAAUCACCUGCCGGCAUCCGACUCCUUUGAACGUUCCUACCAAGACGCCAAUCGCGCGCGACUGACAACGUUGUUCCUUGGAGGCACGGGUGCGUCCCGCAGCAACAACGGUUUUGGCAACGUUGGAGUUGCCGUUGCUGGCGUUAUGGGACACUCGUUCUCUCGAGAGGGUGGUCCAGGGGCACCCGCCGCGGCCUCGCGAGUCCUCACACGGGGCUCAGCAGCGCUGUCGGAGCGGAGUGCUGCGGCACUCGCUGCUGCGGCCUCCGUAGGCGCCGCGCCUGCGGCAAUAAGCCCGAGGCUCAGCCCGCACAGUCCCGCAAGCCUGGGCAUGGAGUCCUACUUUAGUGGUGGGGUACCAAGAGCCGCUCCGGGCUGGGCUGUGCCAGAAACCUCUGGAAUGAGUGAAAACGCCCUCCAAGCGAAAGCGUCUGCCUCGGGGCCGCCUCCUCUGCCGAGCGCCAUGCAACUUCCUCCUGCGUUAGGCAGUGAUUCGAGAGAGCACGGAGGCGCCGAGGUGCCACCAAGGCGCUCUGUGGACCACGGCGUCGUGCACACACCACAGCUCGAGGAUACCGAAACCAAGCUGGCUGAAAUGGAGCUCCUAGAAGUCCCGCAGCGGAACCUGGUUCCAGUGGCAUUCAACUGGCACCACGGCGCCGUUGCGGGUGUGGAAGUCGCGGGCUCCUUUGACGGGUGGAAGCGGCGUCAUCCACUGCAUCGGAGCGGGAACGCCUUUUACAUUCUCCUUAAUCUAGAACCUGGUGACUAUCAGUACAAGUAUGUUGUAGACGGCGAGUGGCGGUAUGCGCCCGAGCAAAUGGUCGCUCGGGAUGCCCACGGUAAUGUGAACAACUUCAUUCGGGUGGAACCUUUCUUUGGCGAGUUUCUGGUACAGGAUGAUUUCUUGCCUGGAACGAAGCGCGCGAGCGAGGUCUUCCGGCGGGAACAGAGCCCUGUUGGCAGCUAUGAUAACGCAAUUCCAGGUAUCGAGUCGGGCUUUCAUCGUGAGCCACCGCCGCUGCCUGUCCUGCUUGGCGAGGAAACGGCUCCUCGCUUGCCAAUUGAGAUGACUCCAAACGAAUUCAUAGAAGAACAGUUGCGACGAGAGCGGGGCGAGGUUGAUUUGUUCCCUCCAAGACCUGUUACAGUGACCCUGAACCAUUUGUACAUAGUUCCCAGCGGGGUAUCCGCAAAUGUGCGCCAUGUGCACAAGUACGUCCUCACGCGAAGGUAUCACGAGCGGUACGUGACGAGCGUCUUCUAUCUGCGUUCGGACCGAAUACCCAGCCAGAGCUGGGAGCGUUCUCCGUCUUAA